AUGGUGCAGUCUUUAAGCCCUGAUGGCAGAGCCUCUUUGUGUGGGGUGGCUGUGCCCCAGCCCGUUGCUGAGAGCUGCAACGAGCCCUGUGUUCGACAGUGUCCUGACUCCAAGGUGGUGAUCUACCCUCCCCCAGUGGUUGUGACCUUCCCUGGGCCCAUCCUCAGCACCUUUCCCCAGCAGAGCGUCGUGGGAUCUGCAGGAGCCCCUGAAGUUGGAAGUGGCUUUAGUGGUGCCCUUGCUCCUGGGAGCUCAAAUGUUUUUGGUGGUGCCAGAUGGCAACGGGGGUACCCAACUGGAAGCUGCAGACCCUGCUAA